UGUUUCAUCCUCCGCAACUCUUCCUCCCUCCUCUUACAUGUUGCUCAGUGCUCUGAUACAUGCCGCUUCACAUAUGUGAGAAUAUCUUGCAGUAGUGGCUUACAGCUGAAUUUGUAUGUUGAUGAGGAUGUUAGUGCAGCGAGCAUCCAAACAGCAUUUUCUGGAUCAGCAAGCAGAAGACUGGUAGGAGACAAAAAAAAAAAAAGCCAUUCGGUGUGUGCAGCCUUGAGGAUCAAACAGACUUUACUUGAUUUCAUUGCAGAUGGACAUGCUCAAACUUUGCAAAAAGAGUGAGAAAAAGACUUUUUACUGCUUUCUUCGAGUCAAGCUUCCAAGUGCUUCUUUGGUGGGAAAACGAGCUUUGAAGAGACUUUCAGUAAAUCAUCGGUGCUGAGAAUGAGGAGCUUUUUCAGUAAUGCAUCCUUCUGAGAAAAAGGUCUGAACGAGGCACCUUGGCUGCUUUGUCACACUGAACAGCGGUUGCAUUUCACAUCUUGUCUCAGAAAGAAGCUGAACCAUUGAGGGGUACAGUAUAAUACACCACAAUGCUGACAAACUUGUUUUCAUCAAAGUGCCUCGUACUUAGCAACUGAUGAGGAUGAGAGACAGUGUGAUGACCUACCUGUAUGUGUGUUUUUCACCUCGUUGGAGAGCAGAGCACAGAGGAAAAAGUCAGUGAGAGGGAACAGGGGAGGGGAGGAGAGAGCCAACAAGAGAAGGUGUGAAUCAAACGCUGUGAGUGGACAAGAGAGAGCUGGAGAAGACUUACAGAGCUCAUAAAAGAGACUGAGCUAACUCUGGUGGAUUGAAAAGGAGUGAACGAAAAAACAGCAUAUCAAAGACUUGGGAAAAACGCCUAUUUCACAUUGGAGCGUCGUGUUUUGUCAGAGCCACACAGGGGUAACUGCUGGGUCACCAACAAGCAUUUCUUACCUGUAGCACAGACAGAUACCGCAACACCAUGGAUCUCCAAAACAGCACUUUGGGCAACUCUUCAAAUGCCCAGGUUGCUCCUCACAGCCUCUGGGAGGUUAUAGCCAUUGCUACAGUGUCGGCCAUUGUCAGCCUAAUAACUAUAGUUGGUAAUGUCCUGGUGAUGCUCUCCUUCAAAGUAAACAGCCAACUAAAGACAGUGAACAACUACUACCUACUGAGUUUGGCAUUUGCUGACCUCAUCAUAGGAGUGCUGUCCAUGAAUUUAUACACUACAUAUAUACUGAUGGGUUAUUGGUCCUUGGGGAACCUUGCAUGUGAUCUCUGGCUAGCAGUGGAUUAUGUGGCCAGCAAUGCGUCAGUUAUGAACUUACUUGUUAUCAGCUUUGACAGAUACUUCUCCAUUACAAGGCCGCUGACUUACAGGGCAAAGAGGACUCCAAAGAGAGCUGCCAUCAUGAUUGGCCUGGCAUGGCUGGUGUCUUUUGUCCUCUGGGCGCCGCCCAUUCUGUGCUGGCAGUACUUUGUAGGAGAGAGAACAGUGCCUAUGUACCAGUGCCAGAUCCAGUUUUUGAAAAACCCUGUGAUCACAUUUGGGACAGCCAUUGCUGCUUUCUAUAUCCCUGUCUCUGUUAUGACCAUCCUUUACUGCAGGAUCUACAAAGAGACACAAAAACGGACAAAAGAUCUAGCAGAGCUGCAAGGGCUCACAAAAGAAAAUGUUCCAGAGGGAACUAAACCACAGAAAACAAUCAUUCAUUCUUGUUUUCAUUUCACCAGAGAGAGAAGAGACCAGAGUCAAGCUUCCUGGUCCUCAUCUAAUCAAAGCAAUGCCACUAAAACUACCACUAGAUCAGAUGAGGCGUGGGCAAAAGCAGACCAGAUCACUUCUUUUAACAGCUACACGUCAUCAGAGGAGGAGGAGCAUCAUGUAUCAAUAGAAACCCCUCAAGGAUCUUUCAAAGAGCAAGGCAGUGGACAGAGUAACAAGAAUGGGCAGGCAACAGAUUAUACCGAAGAUCCAUACUUUUCCACUCCUCAAAAGAAAAACAAUAAAAAGUGCAUCUCUUAUAAGUUUAAGCCUGGCUCAAAAGGUAAAAAUGGUAAUCCCACAAGUGCUUCACCAUACCCACCUGAAGCAGAGCAGCCUGCCAAAAACGCCUCUCCCUCCGCCUCCUCGACUACUUCCAAACCCAUGGACCCCGCCCUGAAGAACCAUAUCACCAAGAGAAAGAGGAUGGUGCUGGUGAAGGAGAAGAAGGCAGCACAGACUCUCAGUGCCAUCCUCCUGGCCUUCAUCCUCACAUGGACACCAUACAACAUCAUGGUGCUCAUCUCCACUUUCUGUCCUGAGUGCAUCCCCGUGUCUCUCUGGCACUUGGGCUACUGGCUGUGCUACGUCAACAGCACCAUCAACCCCAUGUGCUACGCUCUCUGCAACAAGACCUUCCAGAAAACCUUCCGCAUGCUUCUGCUGUGCCAGUGGAGAAGGAGGAGGAGAGGCGACGACAAGCUGUAUUGGGGUGGACAAAACCCCAAUGUCAACAAUAAAAUGACUUGAUUUAGCACUGCAAUAUUAUAUAGCAGAUGAUUUGCCCACAUUCUAGAUUUUUUUGAUGUGUACUGCAGUCAGUGAUCAUCUUCAGCAUGAAGUGUUGCAUGUGAUUUUUGUGUUGAAAUACAUUUUGAUGGAAAUAAGCCUGAUGCAGCACUUUAACAGCUGUUCCAUAUUAUUCCAGGAGGGCAACCUCAUGCAAUUAAAUGUUUAAAAUGGGUUCAGACUGUUUAAAAUCUAUUCUAAAGAGGGUACCACUGAUUUUACACACUGAAGUCUGUUCGCAGGUAAAAGCUACAUGGCUGCUGAGGGAACUGAGUCUAACAGAUUGCUCGAAGGAUUCCACUUAAGUAAAUGUUGGUUCAGGGAAAAAUGUCCAUGUAAAGUUCAAAAAGAAGUGAGCUUACCAGAUCCCUGCCUCAUCUCUGCUUAAGGCUAAAAUCUCAAGGCUUUUAGCUUGUACUUGCAGGACAUGCCCAAAUCUCUAACAAAACUGCAGACAUGUUGUGUUGCUGGUAAUGUAGCCAUCAGUUUUUGAAAACACAGAGAAAUGUGCAAAAAAAAUUUCUGGUUCUGUUGCAUCAGUUUUGUUUUUAAUAGUUUAUCAUAAGAGUGCAAUGCGAAAUUUGUGGAGAACUCUCUUUAAACAAUACUGUGCCCAAAUGAGCAUUGACAGAAAUAUUGGUGUAAUUGUUCCUCCUCUCCAUACUGGCCAUGCAACAAUCUAUUUCAACCUUGACUCAGAUGUGAAAGAUGGAAGACAAAAUGUACAGUCCUCCUGUGCAAAACUUCAUAGUCAAUGUAAGCCAGAGUCUUUUGUUUAAAUACUUACACAAGCAAAAAUAGGCAAACCAUGACAACAACAGUCUAGCAAUGCACAAAGUAAGAAUAUACUGUAUCUAAAGACUCAACACACAAAAUAGAAAAUGUAAUAUCACAAACAUAGGGGGUGACUUGCACAGCCAAAUGUCCAGAUUCUUCGUCCUACAUUGCCCCUUUGCAUUGCUUUCUCAGUAACUAUGUCUGUUUUUAUGUGUGUCCAUAAUCCACUUUGUCAAGUAGGAUUUUGUUGGAGGAAAUAAGCUGCUUGCUUCAUGCUGAUUAUAUUAUUUUAGUACCAAUUAAAGAAAGUUUUUAUCUUAAAUAUUCAUUUAUUAACAACAUUUACAUUAUAUAUUUUACUCUGUCAUUUCACUCCAUUGUUUAGUCUUGUCUUGUGCACUGUUCUGAAUUUGUACUUGUUCCUGUUGACUGUCUUGUUUUUGCACUGCAUAAAUGUUAAUUGCAGCAAUCCUGGCCUCCGAGAAACCAGACUUUACAGUGGGUACGGAAAGUAUUCAGACCCCUUGAAAUUUUUCACUCUCUGUGUCAUUGCAGCCAUUUGACAAAAUCAAAAAAAAUAAUUUUAUUUCUCAUUAAUGUACACUCAGCACCCCAUCUUGACAGAAAAAAACAGAAAUGUAGAAUUUUUGCAAAUUUAUUAAAAAAGAAAAACUGAAAUAUCACAUGGUCAUAAGUAUUCAGACCCUUUGCAGCGACAUUCAUAUUUCACUCACAUGCUGUCCAUUUCUUCUGAUCCUCCUCGAGAUGGUUCUGCUUCUUUAUUGGAGUCCAGCGGCGUUUACUUAAAUUGAUUGGACUUGAUUAGGAAAGGCACACACCUGUCUAUAUAAGACCUUACAGCUCACAGUGCAUGUCAGAGCAAAUGAGAAUCAUGAGGUCGAAGGAACUGCCCAAGGAGCUCAGAGACAGAAUUGUGGCAAGGCACAGAUCUGGCCAAGGUUACAAAAGAAUUUCUGCAGCACCCAAGGUUCCUAGGAGCACAGUGGCCUCCAUAAUCCUCAAAUAGAAGAAGUUUUGGGACGACCACAACUCUUCCUAGACCUGGCCGUCCAGCUAAACUGAGCAAUCGUGGGAGAAGAGCCUUGGUGAGAGAGGUAAAGAAGAACCCAAAGAUCACUGUGGCUGAGCUCCAGAGAUGCAGUCGGGAGAUAGGAGAAAGUUCCACAAAGUCAACUAUCACUGCAGCUCUCCACCAGUUGGGGCUUUAUGGCAGAGUGGCCCGACGGAAGCCUCUCUUCAGUGCAAGACGCAUGAAAGCCCACAUAGAGUUUGCCAAAAAAACACACGAAGGACUCCCAGACUAUGAGAAAUAAGAUUCUCUGGUCUGAUGAGACCAAGAUUGAACUUUAUGGUGUUAAUUCUAAGCCGUAUGUGUGGAGAAAACCAGGCACUGCUCAUCACCUGCCCAAUACGAUCCCUACAGUGAAACAUGAUGGUGGGAGCAUCAUGUUGUGUGGGUGUUUUUCAGCUGCAGGGACAGGACGACUGGUUGCAAUUGAAGGAAGGAUGAAUGCGGCCAAGUACAGAGAUAUCCUGGAGGAAAACCUCUUCCACAGUGCUCGGGACCUCAGACUGGGCCAGAGAUUCACCUUUCAACAGGACAAUGACCCUAAGCACACAGCUAAAAUAACAAAGGAGUGGCUUUAGAACAACUUUGUGACCGUUCUUGACUAGCCCAGCCAGAGCCCUGACCUAGAACCAAUUGAGCAUCUCUGGAGAGACCUCAAAAUGGCUGUCCACCACCAUUCACCAUCCAACCUGACAGAACUGGAGAGGAUCUGCAAGGAAGAAUGGCAGAAGAUCCCCAAAUCCAGGUGUGAAAAACUUGUUGCCUCAUUCCCAAGAAGACUCAUGGCUGUACUAGCUGAAAAGGGUGCUUCUACUCAAUACUGAGCACAGGGUCUGAAUACUUAUGACCAUGUGCUAUUUCAGUUUUUCUUUUUUAAUAAAUUUGCAAAAAUUUCUACAUUUCUGGGUUGUUGUUUUUUUUGUCAAGAUGGGGUGCUGAGUGUACAAUAAUGAGAAAUAAAAUGAACUUUUUUGAUUUUCGCAAAUGGCUGCAAUGACACAGAGAGUGAAAAUUUCAAGGGGUCUGAAUACUUUCCGUACCCACUGUAUACUUGUUUCACACUUGUAUUUGAAUGGGCGGACAGAAAAGUUCUUGAUUCUUUGUGGUUUACGGUACAAAACUAAAGUAGAUUUUUGUGUCUUUUUUGGUCAAUGUCAGGGUGAAAACAAAAAAAACUAACAAAAUUUAAAGAUAAAAUAAAUUAAAAACAGAAUGAAUAAUUUUACUUAAUACAUUGUAUUUUUGGAGCCAUUUAACUAUAUUGUAACAGCCCCUUUUCUCCAUUUCCAACCCAUUAAGUUCACUUUUUUGCUAUACAGUCUCAAGCUAUCAAUAUGACUAGAAGGAAAUCUGAAAAUUUGACACUGAUGCCUAGUAGUCAAAUUCCAACCCUGUGUUCAAAAUUCUAAAGUAGUUUGCACACAAUUUAAAGAGUUUAUAUUUAUAACAUAGUGAUGUAAGUGUAAGCAGGUAUGCGUUUGUUGUUGCACAAUAUCUUUCCUCACCAAGCCUAGUUGCCUUUGGAGAGAUAUUGAAACAGUAUUAUAUAAUACAGUAUACAGCAGGAGCACACUUCAUUAAUUAAAUGUCAAAUGAUUUUAAACUGUAUCAGCUUACAUUAAUUAGAUUACCUCUCAACUUAAAUCGAACAGUAGAAUAACUGCUGUUUAAGAUUUACCAUAAUAAAAAUACAGGCCCACAGUAACAACUUAAUGCAACAAAAAUCAGUCAUUACUGGGAUUCAGAUAUUAUAUAUUUUUUAAUAUUUUGUAUAUUUACCUUGAUUUUGGAUGACAGACUCAAUUCUCUUCUGCAUGAGUGAUAACAAUACCACAAAGUUGUAGAGAGAUGUUCUGUCUACAGACAGUGGGGAUGUAUUGCUCAACCUGACUCUUUAAAACACCCCAGAGAUUCAAAUUAGUCAACAUACUUGUCCAUGUCAUAAUUUUCAUUUUUGGCAGUAUGUUUUUUUAAUCAUUAAAAUGCUUGAAUAUUUCUCUUCUGCUAAAUGUCUGCAAAUUGAAACUCAUCUUGUCAGCCAGUAUUUUGGUAUAGUCAUAGACAUUCACGGUGUAUUCUAUAAAUGUCCUCUCCCAAAAAAUGUUUGCAUUCAUGCAGCCCCAUAUCAUCAUACUCCUACCUCUGUGCUUCCCUGUCAGGACCAUGCAUUCAUUGAGUAGUCCUGAACAAGGUCACACCAAACUGGAUCUCAUCUGAGCCAAAUAAAUUUAUCUUGGUCUAAUCUUUGCAAAAAACGUGCUCCAACAUUUAUCAUGCUUCUCUUAGUGUUUUCAAGUUUUGUCGUCCAGUUUUGAAUUAUACAGCAAGACAAGGCGUUUUUCUUGGAUGCUGUCUAAAGGGGCUGAUAUUAUGUCAUGUCGUUUACACUGUCACUGACAGGUCCGAUUUACAUUGAUAAUCAGUGAAAAGCACCUGCACGUCUGUUUUCUACAGCUAGAUUGUGCAGGGAGUGCAUUGCCUGUGGCAUUAAUUUAGGAGGAUGGGCACUGCAACCUUGAUUCUAGACUUCUUGAUUAUGGCUGCAACUGAGUUUCCAAAAUAAUUUUUUUGUUGGUCACUGAUCUUCCUGUAUCAUUCCAUUAAUUGGUGUUCAAAUCCGUAGUUACAGAUUAGUUGUUAGCUAGCACAUCAAUAACCCAUUUUCAGCUUGCAAUGUUUAUAUACUGGUUAUAUACACUGAUCAGGCAUAACAUUAUGACUACCUAAUAUUAUGUUGGUUCCCAUUGUGCUGCUAUAACUCCUCUGACCCAGCGGGGCAUAGACACAGGACCUCUGGGGAUGUCCUGUGGCACCAGGAUGGUGGCAGUGAAUUCUACGUUUGGGGUCAUUCAGAAAUGUCCUUAUUUUUGAAAGAAAAUUAGCUUUUUUUUCAAUGAAGAUAGCAUUAAAUGAAUCAGAAAUACAAUCUAGACAUUCUUAAUGUCGUAAAUGACUAUUCUAACGAAAACGGGUGAUUUUUAAUGGAAUAUCUACAUAGGGGUAUAGAGACCCAUGUCCAGGAACCAUCACUCCUGUGUUCUAAUUGUACAUGUUGAAAGGCUAAUUGAUGAUUAAAAAAACCCUUGUGUAAUUACGUUAGCACAUGAAUAAAAAUGUGAGUUUUCAUGGGAAACAUAAAAUUGACCAGGGGACUUUUGAACUGUAGUGUAGAUCAGGCAAAUCCUGGCACAUCCCACAGAUGCUCAAUAAGAGUGUGGAACCUGGGUGAACAUCUUAGCUCUGUCAUGUUCCGCAGGCCACUCCUGAGGGGAGAGGUUGGAGGUUGCUUGACCUGCAAUGUUUAGGUGGGUGGUACAUGUCAAACAUCCACAUGAAUGUCAGGACUCAAGGUUUGCCAGCAAAAUGUUGCAUUAUUGCAAGAUGAUUGAUGUUAUUCACUGCACUUAUAGGGCUACACAGUGGUGUAAUGGUUAGCACUUUCACCUUGCAGCAAGAAGAUCCCAGUUCAAAUCCCAGGGUGGGCCUGGGAUCUUUCUGCAUGGAGUUUGCAUGUUCUCCCUGUGCAUGCGUGGGUUUUCUCCGGGCACGCCGGCUUCCUCCCACAGUCCAAAAAUAAGCUGAGGUUAAUUGAGUAUUCUAAAUUGCCCAUAGUUGUGAAUGCAAAUGUGAUUGUUUGUCUGUAUUUGUGGCCCUGCGACAGACUGGCGACCUGUCCGGGGUGUCCCCUGCUGGGCUCCAGCACCCCCUGUGACCCUAGUGAGGAUAAAGCGAUGUAUAGAGAAUGGAUGGAUGGACUUCACUUAUAAGUGGUCAUAAUAUUGUGAUCGCUGCAUUUUAGUAAGGGCUUCUGAAGUCAAGCACUUAGAUACGCUAAUCUUGCCACAGUCAUUACAGUACAUUUUUAAUAUAGUCUGUUUUCUUUUGUUGUUGUUGUUUUUUUUUUUUAGGUUUAAAUGGCAUUAGAUAAGCUCUGGUAAAAUGUAAAGAUGAAUUAUCUUUCACACAUCAGCAACUGUGUUUUCAAUUUUCACUCACUGUGAUGUGGUGGAAAAGAAUGCAUCAUGUGCUAAAAAGACUAACAUAUUCACUUCAUCUAGCUGAAUUUUAAAACUCAGGAAUGUAUAUUUUGUCAUUCUUGUAUUCGUCAGAGCAAGGGCUUUCAUAGAGUGAUAUUGUAUUGCCAUGGAAACAGUAAGUUAGAUGACGAAUACACCUUAAGCCCCAUUUCUAAAGCUUGUAUGCAUGAAUGUGCAGCAACAAUCACUGGCUUACUUACCAGGCAGGUUAGAGCAUCAUAGGGAGCAAGUUUUCAUAUUUUUAAAUAGACUUAAAGUUGUUAAUUUACAAUGGGCAUCACAGACAAAUCUUGGAUGUAUGACUCUUUCUGAAUCCAAAUUAAAAGGGACAAAUUUAAUAACUUGCUCAUCUUGUAGCAUCAACCUGUCUUCGCCUGAUCAGAGGAGUAGUAACAACUAACUUUUAACCAACAUACUGUAUGAGCAUGUCAGUAGAAACUCUGCAUUAGCUGCAUAUAAUCCUCCUUUAUUCUAUUGUUUACUCGUAUAUACAUACAUAUUAUAGGCUUACAUGAUUUAAACACAAUGUAUUGUAUGAAGAAUAUAUUUCACUCAUGUUGAAUUUUACACCUCACAUUUGGUAACUGUAACUUCCUUAAUGUAUAUCACUAUUUAGUGAAUGUUUUGUCUUCUGUUUUCUAUCUUGGUUCGUGCAGUUGAUAUUUGAUCUUGUGUUUAAGGGCUAAUCCGUACAUUUAUGCGUAUAUACAGCUAAAUUAGUUGAACAGUGGUAAUAUGUGAGAUUAUUUAUGGUUCACAUCUCUUCUCCCACUAAUAUUGUAAUUACUGUAAAAAAAAAGACUUUGUACAUGUGUACUUGAAGCCUGACUACCCUCAUGUCUCACUGAUGGAUGAGUGACAUUCUUGUAAAUUAUUGCUCUUUAUGUGUUUUAUGGUGUAAUGUCAAAUGUAUCUUCCUAAACUCUG